GUUCAAGUGGUGGCGCUGAGUAAGUCUCAGCCGUUCACAACCUAUCGAGACGCUCUGUCGGACAUCCUGUAGUCUGCCAAUAACAUAUCAUGUCUCAUUCCUUUGGGCCAGCCGAUUUUCUGGACGCAGAACCCGACGAACUGGAUGUUAUCGCCAGUUCCAGGUCAAGUACAACUCUAAUUGGUGACGGGUCUCCCUCAGUCGAAGAGGAGAAACUUACCAUCAGGCUACGUGUCUCUCCUUCCCGGAAUGAUUUACAAAGCGGAGAAAAUAUUCAAAUGACGGGAAAGCGCGUCAGAACGUCAUCAUUUUCUGCCAUAGACAAUGGAGCGAACUCUCAGAAAAAGCAGAAGAUGCAAGAUAAGAAAGGCAGGUACAACUCGAAUCCUGCCCGUAGAAGGUGGCUGUACCGCCAUCAUGACUUGUUUCAACCGCUAUUGCCCUCGACUUCAUUCUUCGACACAUUGCGCAAGGAAAUGAAAGAAACGGGAGGAAGCACGGCUUAUGUCCCACUCCGCGUCGUGAAUCAGCCUUCGUUAGUAGAGAACGGUGAAAUGAAGGAUUAUCAACUUCAAGGUCUUGCAUUCCUUAUCUACAUGUAUAAGAACUGGUAUACAUUAUCCCUCUUUGCACAUAUUCAAGAAAACGAACCGGGUAUGCCACCUACGGCCGUCACGAUCCCCAUCUUAAUCAUCUGCCCUCUUUCUGUUUUGUCCUCCUGGCAAAACGAAGCUGCCCGAUGGGUACCCUCAUUGCGCGUAUUUCGCUUCCACGGCAGUCAGUCAGAGAGAGAUCGACUCAAGAACAGUGUCAGGAACGACGAAAUGAAAUUCGAUUUAUGCAUCACGACUUAUGAGGCGUAUGUUUGUGAGGACAGUUGGUUCAAGAGCCGACGAUGGUUCUAUUGUGUUCUUGACGAGGGGCACAGGAUCAAGAACUCUGAUACCAACCUCUUCGGCAAAGUCCGUGGCUUAGGUUCCCUGUAUCGACUCAUCCUUACUGGCACCCCUGUACAAAACAACCUGGAAUCCUUUGAUCUCUCUCGUGGAUCGUACUCAAUACCAUUCCUAAAGGCUGCGCAGGAGUUCUUGCUCGUCAUUAUGAUGCGCCGCACCAAUGCGAACGUCGAUAUAGCCGUACCGCCACGCGAAGAACUUACUUUAUUCAUACCCAUGACGGAGGCACAGAGGUUCUGGACUUAUAGAUUGUUAACACGAAUGGAUACAAUGGACCUAGAAGAGAUAUUUACAGAGGAGGAUGGCCUGUUGAAUGAGGGACGCAAGGAAGUGUUUUCUCACAUCGCGUCAGCGAUCAAUCGGAAUGUCUCUGGAGAGACAAACAGAUGGCGAAAGCUCAUGAAUCUGUUGAUGCAGCUGCGUAAAGUCUGUGACCAUCCAUAUAUGCUAAAAGACGCGUCCCCUUCGCCGUAUAUUAGUUGGCGAACACGUUGUUGCCUCGUUCUUGCUGAUACCCUGCCUAAAGGAGAACGUGUCUUGAUAUUUUCUGGUAUUAGCAUGCUCGAUCUCCUGGAGGAUUACAUGGAACUGCGGUCAAUACCAUACGCUCGGCUGGAUGGUGGAACGACCCGGCCUCGGCGGAAUCUUGAUAUCAAACUGGGUCUUAGUUUGAAUCAUUAUAUUUCUUGUGCUGAAAAACGUUUAGCAUAUCAAGUCUUCCUUGUUUCAACCAAAGCGGGUGGACUUGGUAUAAACCUUACAAAGGCAUCAACCGUCAUCAUGUGCGACUGUGAUUGGAAUCCUCAGAACGAUUUGCAAGCCAUUGCUCGGGCCCAUCGCAUUGGUCAGACGAAAACCGUCAAGGUGUACCGCCUUAUUUGUCGUGGAAGCGUCGAGGAUCAGAUGCUCGACCGCAUUCGUCGCAAGAUGUUCCUAUCAUUAAAAGUCAUGUCUUCUUCAACGUCAGCUCCUGGACAUUUGCGCAAGGGUAGUAGCGCCUUGUCUCGGUCGGAUGUAGGCAUGGACUUGGGGACAUUCCUCAAAGCGCCAAUCCAAGAAAUUCUCGACGACUCACGAGAGCGGGAAGGAGUAAGGGAUGUGAAGCUGAAGAAAGAGAUGGUAUCUUCGCAUGAUACUGCUGAAGACAUCGACAUCGAUGAGAAAACGCUGCUCGAUGCAGAGGAAGAGGAGCGAAAGCUUCUUAGUGGCAUCGCUCAAGUACAGAGCAGACUCUUCGAGGGCAAGCUCAUUAAACGCAAUCAAAACAAUCAUCAGAUUGCGCAGGAGUGGCAGGAACUGCAGAAACGGGCACGCAUAGACAGGACAGUUGUGGUAGAUGGUAUCACAGUCAUCGCCGAUCAUAUGGGCCAGAGCGCGCCAGAGGAAAUAAGUUCGGCCUCAAAAAAGAAGUCGAAAGCGAAGCACGAAACAGAGGAUUGGUGCGUAUAUUGUCGAGAUGGCGGCGACGUGGUCCUCUGUAACACGUGUCCCCGAGUAUUUCACCCCAAGUGUCAUGGUAUCACCGCAGCGCAACUCCGCAAGCUACCUAUGAUUCAUUGUCCCCAACACAAGUGCUCAGCUUGCGAUCGCUCCACUGCUGAAGCAGGAGGAAUGUUAUUCAGGUGCCAAACAUGCCCACAAGCAUUCUGCGAAGACUGUAUGCCUGAAGGGGAGAUCGAUGCUGUCGGGCAAGUGUUGCCUGAGUUUGCGUUGUUGGGGUAUGGUGCUACGAGUACAGCCUACUACAUACGAUGUCAUGAGUGUCAUGAACAUUGGGAAAAGGAGCCGCAGGCCUGGAAAGCCUGGGAGGAAGAAAUGGCUGAAACACAGGCGAAACUACAAUCCUUGCAGACCACAUAGACUCGUAUAGGAGUGUGUUUACGUGCGUUUGAUUUGGCCUGCAGCCUACACUUUGUUAACUCACCACUCGUCUUCAUUGUAUGUAUUUUAUUACUGAGCAAUGUGGUCUUUAGUAGUCGAGCAGUGGAGUAAUGUUAUGGUCUCGGCGGACGUUGGAGAGCCGCCCCACAA